AUCUUCCAGACGGUCCAACGGGGAGGAAGUGGUCGUUGACAGUGUGUCUAAGACCCUCACAUGUGUUUCCUGUGUUGGUGGGCUCGGUGGCGGGUGUUGGGGUGGUGUUGCGUCCCUGUGAUGAUGCCCUGGGUCAUCCUGCUGGUGUUGGAGAUGGUGGCGGGGCUGCAGCUGUCGUUGACGGAGGUGGGGGAGGACAUGGUCGUCUACGACUAUGCAGCUAACAAGCCCCUAUGUUAUCCCAGCCCGCAGGUGAGCAACAUCUAACCAAACAACCACACCUGUCCACCUACGACCACAGGAGCAAGAGCCUGUCCACCUGCCGGCGUCACAUCACUCCUGGGGUGGGACCUCGCACUUCGACAAGAACAUCGGCAGAGUUAUCUGUCGUGGGAUGGGCUUCACGCACCUGGACAGGAUAUAUAAGGUGAAGAAGGAGGAGGGUGUUGAGAGCAGCCGCUGGAUGGUGGAGUGUCUUGGCUACGAGGCCCUUAUCACCCACUGUCUUCCUCUGCAGGCCAAGAAGGCCAAGUGCGAGUUCUUGAUGGGCCUAGUGUGUGACACCUGCUCUAGGAAGCUGGAUCUGACGGAGGGGGUGACGAAGGUGAUAACGAGCCCAGAGUACCCGAGCUACAGUGAUGAUGUUCUGUGUGUGUGGAGGCUCCAGGCUCCCACUCUUGCCACCAUCACUAUCAACUUCACUAACUUCAGACUCCCUAACCUUGACAGUGAAGGUCAGUGCACGAGAGGAAUGCUGGAGGUGGCGAAAGUGGUGGAGGAGGAGGAUGGGCCUGUCACAAUGACGGUUGUCAGUAUGUGUGGAGGAGCUCUACCCUCACCGCUCAACGUACACGCCCAUGCUGUCAUCCUCAAGUAUACCUCAGGAGUCUUCUACCCUCGACCCUUUGGCAGACUGAGCGGGUUCAGGGUUCUCGUCACUGCCAACGAAUUUGACUGGUCGCCCUCGCGCUUGAAGACGGUGGAGGUGGUGGCUGUUGUGCUGGCAGUGGUGCUUGUCCUUCUCGCCAUCUUCUUGAUUUGUUAUAUCUGCAGACGAAGCAGACUCGGCCGUCAACGGAGCAAUCAGAGGAAGGAGAUGCAGAAACGGCUGGCCCAUCAGCAACCUGCCAGUCAUGAAGUGGCUCUGACGACGAUGAUGACCAGCAUCAGCACCUCGCAGAGGACAGAAUCACAGUUCAGGCAGCAGCCAGUGGGCAUGGGCAGAGGUUUGGGUGCGGGUACUCGGUGGCCGAGAGGGGACAAUGUAACUCACACCACUAGUGUACCCAUGCGCCAGUCCCAGUACCCCAUUCCCAUUCCCCCACCCCUUCCCACCUCUGCCCCUCCUCCAUGCACACGUCACAAAGACCUUCCAGUGAUCAGUCGUUAUCACGUGCAGGAGAGCGGAGAGAUGUAUGAGCAGCCAGUCUACAUGGAGGUUGGCCAGUAUGGUAGAUCUCCAAUGGUGUCCUAUAUACAAUUGGAAGAUAUCAAGGGAAAAGAAGCUGUGGAGGAGAAGGCACCCCCGUGCGACCCUCUUGCUACAGGUGUGUUGAAGCCUCCAACGCCUUCAACGCCAUAUACCAAUGAUCUCAAUCUCUUCUCCACCCAGUCGCCCUUCUCAGUUUCGAAGAUGUCCUCCAACAAACUGAACGUGUGGCCCAGUAGUACCUCUCUCUCACCCUCCACCAGGGCCUGCCCCUCCAAUAGCAACAACAUCCACUCCAACAGCAACAGCCCCUCCAGGGUCUCCUCCAACUUCAUCGGCUUGGUCAAUCAUCGGUCCAUGUCAUCUCGGGGAAGUAGUAUAUCUUCCAACACUGGGAGCAUCUCUCCCUUCCCUGGACACACUCCUAUCAGCCCCUGUGACCGCUCCUGUAGUGACAUUCAUUGGCGCUCCAGCGGCACCACCAGACCUGCUUCUUGCACUCUCUCCCCGAAAAGGCAAAAUAAUCAGCGGGAGCAGGAGACCCCAACCUUCUUGACUACACCCACCCUGGAGAGACUGGCAAGGGAUUCCUCCUACAGUAGCUGCGAGAGUGUUUUCACCCAAGGGGAGACCAACUAUUGUAAAGCAAUACGAUGUGCGUGUGGAUCAAUCCACUCGCCGCAUACCCGCCUGGGGCUCUCCUUCACCACGAGCCCUCAGGGGCAACUAUCAAAGUCUUGUGGGGAUGUUUCUCCUACCAUGUCAGUCCCGCAGCCUUAUCUGCAGACACCAAUGUUGGACGAGUUGGUCCGCUCGGAACCCACCCUGCCCAGGGAGCAGCAGCCUGCAGUGUUUGUUGGACCCAUCUUGCGCCGUGUCUCAGAGAUGUUCCUUGACUCGUCUCCUUUCCUCUGGCCCACCCCAGACACAAAGAAUCCAGUGCUCAAGAAGACAGGGUGUGGUAAACUCUGCGAGGGCAAGGGAGUGGUUGUACAGAGGUCAGUCAGUAAGAGUGUGACUGAUGCUGCAACCCCUGAGAACAAGAUAGCCACGAGUGACGGCUGUUUGCCCAAUCGUACAGCUUCAACGUCAUCUUUCCACCCAUUCAAAUACAACCGGUUAGAAAAUGAUAACACCACCAACUGGAAUUUGUCGAAGACAUAAAUCUCAAGACAUAAAGGAGGCUCUUCAGUGUAGAAACUAAGAAAGCCCAUUAGAACAAAUCCUACUUGGUUUGCCCACAGCUCAGAGGUAAUUUAUGGGAAUGAUCUCGUCAUCCAGACAACAAACGCAGCUUCUCUAAAUAAACAAAAAUGGCAUUUCCAGCUACCAGAACAAAGUUCCGUUUGACAACUCGAGUGCACCAUUCCAACCACUGCAGAACUAGAGAAACAACACAGCCUCAAGAAAUGCAAGCUAGACUGCAUAAUAUAAAUUUGUGACUAACAGAAUAUCUUCGAGAGAGAUCAGCAUGACCUUGUUAAUAACUAAUUGCAAAAGGUAUGAGAGUGAAAUCUUGUUUCCGACACACACAGAUCAAAAGUUUAGAAAAUUAUAAAACUGCUAGGUAUUACUUGGAAAAAUAUAUUGAAAUGGCUGCUUAUCUUUUCUGCAGUCGGGGGGAAUGACUUUCCACUUUUGUAUACUGGUUAAGCAUGUAGUUGGCAAAGAGUCCAUUAAAUAUUUUUGAAA